GUUUCAACAGCCGUCUUUGGAGAAGAGAAGAAGAGAAAAGGGUGAGAGAGGAGAGGCUCGGAGAAUAUAAAUGACGUCACAUUUGCAGUUACCGCCGGGAUUCAGAUUCCAUCCGACGGAUGAUGAGCUAGUGGUGCACUAUCUUUGUCGGAAAUGUGCGUCUCAGUCCAUCGCCGUUCCGAUCAUCGCAGAGAUUGAUCUCUACAAAUAUGAUCCGUGGCAGCUUCCUGGGAUGGCGUUGUAUGGUGAGAAAGAGUGGUAUUUCUUCUCUCCCCGAGACCGGAAGUAUCCCAACGGAUCGAGACCGAACCGGGCAGCCGGCUCCGGUUACUGGAAGGCUACCGGAGCGGAUAAGCCGAUUGGACAUCCAAAAACUAUCGGAAUAAAGAAAGCGCUGGUGUUUUACGCCGGAAGGGCUCCCAGGGGCGAGAAAACCAACUGGAUCAUGCAUGAGUAUCGCCUCGCCGACGUCGAUAGGUCGGCUCGCAAGAAGAACAGCCUAAGACUGGACGACUGGGUGCUGUGUCGAAUCUACAACAAGAAAGGUGGCAGAGAGAAGAAUUUCACUACAUUCGAUCGGAAAUCGGCGCUUGCUCCUUCGUCAACUUGCUCGGAUAUCGAAGAUCAGAAGCCAGAAACCAUAUCAUACCGCCGGGACAUACUGGAGCAACGUCCGGCGACGGUAACGGCACCGCCGAUGAAUGACAUGAUGUACUUCGACACGUCGGAUUCGAUACCGAAGUUGCACCCGGAUUCGAGCUGCUCGGAGCACGUGGUGUCACCGGAAUUCACUUGCGAGAGGGAGGUCCAGAGCCAGCCGAAGUGGAAGGAUUACGAGAAACCCCUAGGAUUUCAGUUUAAUUACAUGGACGCCAUUGGCGGUGCCGCUGACAACCCGUUUGCCCUACUCAAUCACCAGAGCAAUGAGCUCAACCCAUUACAGGAUAUGUUCAUGUACCUGCAGAAGCCAUUCUGAUGCGGGUGAUCGGAAUCUCAGAUUAGAUGUGUGGGGCCGCUACAUUCUUCCUCCGUGGUGCAUGCAACACCGGAUACUUGCACUGCACACGAGGCCGAAGUCCAUGACUGUGCACGUGCGAGGACAGCACAUGAGUCGUAGGAGCUACUUACAUUAAAUGGGUUUUGCUAACAUGCAUUUGGGCAUCACAUGAAUCAGGUAGGGACUCCAGUUGGUCACAGUGAUUCAGUGGUCCGCGUUGCAUGUUAGAUUUUCCCCAUUAUAAUACAUACAAGUGUACAAGAUGUACAUAACAUAGAUAGCCUGCUCCCGGGGUCCUUUACWGGGCCCCCCUCCCUCCCAUCUCUCCCUAUUCUUAUAUCUGGAGAAGAUUUUUUAUGGUGUAGCGAGUCGCAUGAUUAAUUAUCAUCCUUUAAGUUCUUAUCA